AUGGCGCAACAUUUUCAGAAUGAGCUGGUCGAGGGCAUCGACAAGCCGUUGUCGAUCAGCAACAGACUGUUGGCCCAGUUUGAGGGGCUGGGUGGACUGAACUUCUACCUCAUCAACUUUGCGCGACUUGCGAUGCGCGACAUCCAUAUUGGUGGCAAUGGUCAGCGGCUCUAUAAUCACUGCCUGAACAAUCUUCCCAUCAUUCGGAGUGCAGAUUCACGGUUGCAGAUGGGCUGGUCCGAGCAACACCUUCUGCGUAAUGCGGGGGUCAACCUCUUCGAAUAUGAACACUUGCUGCUGGCGUCCGCCUUCUCGGAGUACCUGUCGGAGCCCUAUGCUGCAGCUGUAUACAACGAGUUGGCAGCUCGUUAUGAGGACGAUGAUCGACCGAAGCCGUCGCUGAACUCCUUUCGCAUCUUCGUCCAGUCCGCGAACGGUAUCAUGGCCACAAGCGACUUUCCGUGCGUUGUCGAUGAUCGAAUCAGACUCAACCCCUAUCGACAGCCAGAAGACGGGCUGCUGUUCGCGAGACAGCCGCAAGAAACGCUAUGCGCAACUAAAUUAGCCGAAGCCCUGGUGUCUUUGAACGGCAGAGGUGUUGAGACGUCCGAGCUGGUCAUAGCAGGCGGGGAUGUGUCAGGCUGGUUCGCUGCAUAUGCUGAGAUAUGCCUCGGUAUCGAUGUGACGCUAGAGGACGAGGACGGGCAUGAGCUUUGGCGGGCGAAUGCUGGAAGUGGUCGACGAUUACGCCUGCGCUUCGUGCGCCUCGAGAGCACGCCAACGCCUGACGUCCACAUCUGGCUCAGAAACACCGAUGUCACCCACACCACUCCAACGAGCUUGGGAAGGGUGCUGAUUCACUCAGGAAGAGUACUUCCAGAUGCUAUAUUCACUAAGGUCUUUGGGUCAGCCUUUCAUCGUCUUGCUCACGCAGAGUCCAAGACUUUCGCCAACGCGCUUGGUGGGCUAGCAAGAGUCUGGGAGCUCUUGGUGGCCGAUGACGACAUAUCUCCAGAUGUCAUGAAUCCCGACAACAAGUCCAAUACCGCCUCUUGGGGAUUGGGGUUGAUCACUACCUGGAGCACAUGGUUUCCGGAACUGCGACAUCUUUCGGGCAGAAUGGAGCGAUUGGUGAUGUUGGGUCUGGCUUUGAGCCGCGUUGCUCUGAUUCCCAACCUCUUCAUGUCCCGAGCUGGGCUCAUCUCGAUGUAUAACUCACAGGUGCGGAAGCGUUCAGAGUUGAAGAAAGGCAAUAUCGAUCGACAUGGGUGGCAACGUCAUAUCUUGCUCUUCGGAGAAGACUGGAACAGCACGUUCCCAAAGCGGAUUUUGAACGCUUUGGCAAUGUUUGCUGGAAGCUGGCCUGGUAACAUGGACCAAAUUCCAGAGAACCUGAUCGGCAUGAGUCAUGAAGGAAUCGCGGCAUACAGCAUGAUGCUUGAGAAGGGAAAUAAGAAUGGGAGAAGAAGCAAGGACGAUCAAGUCCUCAGGGUAGUGACUGGCAGUGUCUGUUGGAAGCAGCGUGCUCUGAGGAAAGUGUGCCUCGGAAAGCCCGUGUAUAGAGAAGGAGUACACACUAACGAGCAGUGGGAGAAGAUCGAGUGUGAGCACUUGAGCGAGCCGCUCGCAUUACCCAGCAAGAUGAUGCGUCUCCAGGUCGCAAUCUUCCGCCAUACAUUACCGCCGACCAAUAUUGUAUUCGCUACCGGCGUAGGUCCGUGCUCGCAUACGUCGAAGAGCUCCGCUACGAUCUUCAACUUACUCGAGGACUUGAACGACAUUGUACCGCUUGAGUCCUCGGACGGAGAAUGGGGCCUUGAAGACUACGUGGUAGAAGUGGCAGCUACCGCUGAUCAGGAAAAGUCCUACGAAUGCUUGCACUAUCUGCCGCUGAAGAGUGUGCUCAGAGAAGACGACGAAAUCGUCGUUCGGCCACUCGGCAACGAUGACCUCAGACUAUGGCGUCGUGGUGGUCGAAUGCAGAUCACAGCCGAUGGGCGACAUCUGAUAGACGGAGUAGUCUUCAGCAAGCCGUGGGUGCGAAAAGACAGCACAAGACCUGGUGUGACGAUACCUCCGCAAAAGAAGAGAAGGUUGCUCGAGGACGACGAGGAGUCACAGAAAGAGAACGUGGAGCCUCUGCAACAAUUGCUACCUCUGGUCGCUCCCUCGAAUGAAGAAGACUCUGAAGCGGACACAGAUUACAAUGAAGAAAUAGCCGACGGAGACAUCGUUGUACGGGACAUUUUCGAGGACGCCGACUCCGCAGAAGAAGAACUGAGUGACGUUGAUGGCCAAGAGAUCCAACUGCUUCUGCAGGACGCUGCGGAAGUGGCCAGCUCGCAAGAUGCAAACGGCACGUUGGAGUCUCGACUACGUACACGAACACGCCUUGGGAAACGCAAGCGGCGAUCAAGCGAUGAGGUCUCCCAGUCAGAUGAGGAGCCUUUUGAGGGCUUCGAGUCUCCAGAGAAGACUCGAGCCUUGAGGGACGUAAGCGGUCACUUCAAGAGCGUCGAAGAUGACGAGUCAAGUCAAGCAGACGGUCUCUUGAAUGAGAUUGCUGAGGCUCAGCUUUUUAGGGAGGAAAAGAACCUAGUAAAUGAUGAGGAGGAGGACGCCUCAUCAGACGAAGACUUUUCCUCGGAAGCAACAAGCUCAGAAUCUACAAGCGACUCAGAGGAGGACUCCCGUCAACGAGAUGUCGCUCAUAGUCCGCGCUCUGCCGUCUCCGAAGAAGAUUCUGGAUCUGACGCCGGCUCAACAUCGGAUGCAUCAGACAAGACCAGUGAUGAUGAUGACGAUGACGAUGAUAUAUCGACCAGCUCGAGCGACUCCGAUUCAGCUGGUACUUCCAGUGCUUCAUCUGCCCCGAAUGUGAAGGCUACUAAGGUCACUGGGGCAACCUCCCGGAGUGUAGUGAUGAUAUAUCGGCCUCGAAUGAAGGCUCUUCAGGAUCCAGCGUCGGCAAGUCGGCCACGUCCAGCCAACAGUCAGCACCAGGUCAAGGUCUGCAUAGAACUCGGGCGAACAACGCCAGGGCCUAGCUCGUCUACAGUGGCAGAAGACCUCGAAGCUGCUCGUAAGCGGGCACUAUCGAUAUUGACGAUUGAGGCACCCGCAGCACCAGCGGAGGUAAACGACGUGAUUGCCCCUUCAAUCGAGCCUGACGACGUUCUCAUGAAAGACGAUGAGCAGGAGAGUCCAGAGAUUCCGGAAACCCAGCCUGGUGGCAAUGAGAAUCGCGAUGCCUUACCACUCCAUGUCCAGCCAAUUCCGGAGGACGUCUUUGCGCAGUGGCUGGCUCUGAACGACCACGAAAGAGCAUGCAAGUGGCUAAAGUAUUGCUUUGAAUCCUCGUCUACUGGCAGCGUUGGCCAAGUAUCCCUGUAUGUUGGGUACCAACGCUGUUUCAAGGAGCAUCGCCUGUUGCCAGGAUCUGCCCUUCUGUUGAGCGUCCGAGAGGUUUUCAGUAAUGCUCACGUCGUUGACCCAUAUGAUCCCGACACUGCCAUUCGUGGUAUCACUCCAAAGCCAGUUGCUGAUGAAUCUGAUGGGCCAACUGCGCGGCCAACUGGAGAAGCCGCAACACUACAUGAUGAAGCCCCGACCCCAGCUCUUCCCGCGGUUCCCUCACCCAAAGCUGAAUCUGCGCCAACUUCUUCUCCACGCAACGUAGAUGCGUCUGCUGUACGCCGCAGGAUGAUAUUUGGCUCACUUGGACUUCCGAGUCCGAAAACUCCGGCCCAGGCAAAAGCUCUUCAGGACAAAUUGGCAGCAUCUGCUCGGCGACCAACGUCGCGACCGAAACCAGCCACCGACGAGUCCAAGACCGAAACUGCCAGCGCGUCCGAGGUCAUUGAUUGGCAAGAUAAGCUUAUUGUCAGUGCAGUCGAGUGUGAGAAGGACGGAGUUACCUACCCUCCACCGCCAUUUCCAUUCAAGCAAUUCUGGUACAAAUCAAAUUCGGGGCAGCAGGACGAUCACGAGCAGUCCGAAAGACUGCAGCAGUCAUUGAGUCAGAGCAAUGACGGUGAUCAAUCGGCAUCAGUCUCGAGGGCACAUGCUACCUCUCGAUCACCUUCUAAGAAUCAUUCCGAAGAACCUUCCACGGCCGAGUCUCGGACUGUGUCAUUUGAAAAAGAUGAUCGCGAUGGUAUGCCUAUGCCAACUGACUUCUCGGCGCUUACCGACUUGAAUCCAUCACAGUUGCUGCCUGGGGCUAUCAUUGCAUUCAAGCAGCUCGACGUGGACUUUGCCAAUGGCUUUGGGCCGAAAAUGUCAGAGUACAAAAUUGCAAGAAUCAGCAAAGCCAAUGGAGACAAUAUUCAAUUGAUCCUUGCUGUGCGAGACCGACUGACUGCUCCGCCGUCGGAUGACGAUGAGAAUCGGAUGAGCCAGUUCAUCAUUGAUGCCGGUGGAGAAGACGAUGGUGUCCGAGACAUCGACUUCUCCGAUCUUCUGGAAGCCAAGCUUAUUGCGCCCUCAUCUGUACAAGUGGCUGCGAGUCACGAUGACCUGGCGCACGAGCGCGGCAAACCGAUCACCGAUACGCAAAAUCAGCCAUCCCUCGCCGUCUCAGAGAGCGUCCUCCCGCCGGUUUCUGAGGUAGGGACCAGCCUACCCGUGCCUGCGAACCCAGUCACUGUAUCUACUCCACGCCGUCACGAGAUCACGGCCAUGAUGCACGAAGACGGCUUUGACUCAGCUGUCGGUGAGUAUGUACUAAAGCCAGACAUUUCCAGUCAAGCCAAAGGUCUCGACAGCUCUCAGCACGAGGGAGUGACGGACGCUAGUAAUGGACCCAUCCAAGAUGACGACCUGGAUGCUCAGGACGCUGUGUCAAGCUCCAGUCCUUUCUUUCCCGGUGAGGAUCACGAUGGCUCCAGCAAAGGUGCGAACGGAACAGACCAUGUUUCCAGCGAUGCACCGAUGGCGUCUUCGUCUCCACCGAUUAGUCCUCAAUUGACUGUCGAUUACCCGUCCAUAUCACGUUUUGAGCUUAAUUCCGAUCUGCCUGAGCAGAUCAGGGCCAGUGGCCACAGCAGCUCGCAUCCUGAUGCUCAACAUGUAUCACCAAUUCCAGAAGCAGAUAUUACUCUGAUCCCAUCAGUGCAAGAUGGACAUAUCGAUAUCAUUAGCGAAUCGAACAGUAUGGCGCAUGAUGGAUCCGAGCCAGAGGACGGGUCAAACAAUGCUGCAUCCACACCAGCUUCUUUUUUAGGUCGACAGCUAGACGGUGGGCAGGACUCCUCUUUCCAAGUUAGCGACGAGGAUGACGGCUCUUUUGACAGCGACGGUAGUCUACCCUCGCUUCGUGACCUGUCGUCAAGCCAAAAACGCAAGAUCAUGACUCGAGCUACAAAAGUCACAAGGGAGGUGUUACCUCCUGAGCCUACUAGGAGAUCGACGCGCAGCUCCAGCGGCUCUAAAGCUUACAAGCAGUCCCUUGCGGGACAGAUUGAUGGUGUCGACGACUCCGACGAGCAUGAGCUCCCACCGUUGAAGAACGGGUCGAUCAAGCUCAAUGGCUCGGGUCCCAGGCUCAGUCAGGUACCGCCCAAUACACAAUUCGUGGACCUCACACUGUCAAGCGAUCCCGUCAGUGCUCCUGACAGCGAUGGUGACGAGAGCUCGUACAAGCCGAACGGUCACAAGCGCAAGCAGACUGUUCGAAAAGGUCGAAGUGCUAGGAAAGUCCCGAGUGAUAGCGAGAGUGAGGCAAGCUUCGGGAUCGGCACACGCAAGUUUCUGACUUCGAGGAAAACCAGGAGUCUAGUCUGA